AUGGGUUGUUUUGCAAGAAUUGUGAAAUUCGGUCUUCUGUUCUUGUCAUGUUUUCUUGGUAAUUGUUCGUCCCAGGUUACAUCAGACCUCAAGGUAUAUGGCCUUGUUGUUGCUGUACCCGACCCAGCCAACGGCCAAGUUUCAUUCACUUCCGGUGAAGACACCUUCACUCAGCUGAAAACUGUUGUCAUUAACGACGGUCCGGAUACGUUGCCAGGAAGCAGCAAUGGUACAUACAUGUACGACUUCAUCGUCAGUCUCGAGAACAGCAACACUAAUCUACUGUAUGACGUCACACUGGAUAUAGAGAUGAGUGAAACAGAUGAAGCUAAGCUUAGUCAACAACUGGCCUUAUUUGCAUCGGCAUCUUAUGAGCCAAUGAACGUCACCGUUACCAUACCAACCGACUUGUGUGGCAACCUCGCGUACUUGUGUAUUACGAUAAAACACAACGACGACGGAGGUUACGUCGAUGACGUCAGUACAAAUGAUUAUUUCUGUUUAUCACUGGUCGAUGGUUCCAGCAACGCCGGCAUCAAAGAAUGUACUCCGGAUUUGUCUCCCAGCAGUUUGAACAUCACAGACCCUGGUAUCAAUUUAGAGUACGUACUCGAUAAUGACGUCACCAUAACGUUUGACUUCAACAUCACAAACAUUGGAUCGGAAGAGAUUAACGGCACAAUUGACGGCUCGGCUAACUACGAUUUCGUCGCCAGUAUUAGUGACAUCGACGACCUGGACGACGAAGAUAUACAUCGCAUUACAUUCAAUGUUGACACCAGCUCCGCCGUAGGCUUGACGUCUGGAAUACCAAGUUCGGGAGUCACCACCAUCAGCGGUCUGAAGACUGAUAUUAACAUCCCCACGCUCAACUGCGGCGGUUACCGCUACGUAUGUGUGAUGGUUACAGUCCCCUCUGGCGCCCUCUACGUGGACGGCGAUACUGACAACAAUUACUUUUGUUUACCAUUCGGUGACGUCGAAGACGGGUAUGCUGGUGUCAAACCGUGCAGCGAUAGUGCCUUCUUUGUCACUACUACUCCGGGACAACCGACACUGCCCUCUACAGGUACCAAAGGAGCCACGGCACGUGUUACCAUGGUGACAGCAAUUGCGUCAAGUAUUUACAUGUUGACAACUAUGUUGACAACUAACAAAGUAUUCUAA